AUGUUUGCCACAAGAGUAUUGCGAGCGGCCCGCGGGCCCAAGGCCAGCAUCACCGGCUUCAACAUGCGGGCGUUCAAAGAGGCCGCCGGCCAGCCGCGAUAUGACCCCUGGGAGCAAGCGGAGGCGUGGCGAUACACGGGCACCUUUAGCCGAUGGAAACGAUUCAACAGCACCCUUCCCGGCCUCGGCAUUGCCUCGGUCGCCUUCGCAGGAUACUGCGCGUACGAGCACUUUUUUAUGGAGGACGAGCACCACCACGGCGAGGAGCACCACUGA